AUUAAAUUUAGUUUAAAUUUUAAACGGUUCUCCUCAUUUGCAUUUCAUUUCAUUUUGAAAACUUGUUGGAGCUCAGCAAUUAGCACCUGCAUCGAUCACCAUCAUCAUGGACAGCCAGGAUUCUCAAGACGCAAAGCAAAGCCCUGCUGAUAUGACAGCAUUUGUGCAAAAUCUUCUUCAGCAGAUGCAAAGUAGGUUCCAGACCAUGUCUGACUCCAUUGUUACAAAGAUUGAUGAUAUGGGAAAUCGUAUAAAUGAGUUGGAGCAGAGCAUCACUGACCUGAGAGCUGAGAUGGGAGUAGAAGGCUCUCCAUCACCAGUGGCCCCCGCAAAGUCAAAGGAAGAAGAGUCAAACAAAGAAGAGGGUUCAGCUUAAAGUGACAUUUCGAUUUCUCACUGUUCUUGUCUUGGAUUGCACGAUGAUUGGUGUGUUUGUCUAAGUAGUGGUUCAGAAAACUAAUGUGUUGUGUGGCUGAAUACAGCUGAUUAUUUGUAGCUAAAUCACCUUACUGUUUUUAUGAUUUAGCAAUACUUCUGCAAUUUUAUAUUACAAUCUCGUUGUUGCCCACCUACCUCGAUUACCCCAUAAUUCUAUAUAUUCUAUGUGCUGAAUCGUCGAUGAAUGGAUGAAAGAAUCCAUGAUCCCAAAUCCCGGGUGCUGCUGUACUGAUACCCAAUAUUUUGUACUUUAUUUUCAACAUCUUGAUAAGUGGUUCCAUAGAUUCAA